AUGCGAUCUGCUCAGUACAAGUCGGUGAGGCUGGAUUUAAAGGAUCACACCCCCAAGACCAAGAAGAGCAACUAUAUGGACCUAACUCAUGCAGCGGGAUUUGCGUUGGCCACGGUGGUAUUGCUGAAGACUGUCUUUGAAGAUUUCGCAUGUCACUUUGGGCUGAAGUGCUCAUCUCUUUGCAAGGUGAACGUUGGGACCAGUAUGCGGUCUGCUUGUUCUUCAGAAGGGUUUGAUGGUCAUGCUUCAGUGAAGAUGAGUAAUAUGCUGUUGGAACGGACUGCAGCCUUGGUGCUUUUGUGCACAGCCUUGGGAGGAGCUUGGAGCGUCGAGCAACCAGGGGGGUCUCUCAUGGAGUAUUUUCCUACGUGGCGGAAGGUGAUCCAUCACAUUUUCCAAUGCGGUGGGAACACGGCUGUGACUAUCGUUCAUUGGUGGAUGGGUCACUAUUCAGCUCGCACCGCGAAGCGUCACUACGCCUACUCCAACUCUUGCACGGUGAGGAAGAUCGACCGUGGUAAACUCCACCGCACUCAGAUUCCACAGGAGAACAAACCUGUUACUUGUGAGAAAUACAAGGAUCGAAGUGGGAAGUGGCGAUACAAAGGAACUUCGCAGUUGAAGCAAACUGAGGAAUAUCCUAUGCCUUUCGCAAGGGCCAUGGUGGACCUUGUGGAAGAAAUGAAGGCAAACGCGAAAGGUCAACCGGCGCUUCCUGAUGAGGCCGUUCCUUCAGCUCUGAUCACCAUGAGCUUCUUUACAUGGGAGUGUGAUCCGUUCCUAUUGCGACUCCAGUUCGGAAUCGAGAUCAUCAGCCAGAGGUGCAAUGCAUAUGACGGGGUCCAGGAAUUCUGGAUCGUGGUGAAGGAAAGUGCAGAGCGUACCGAAUCAACGAGCUACGAGGAACAACACUCGAAGAGGUCCAAGGCUGAUGCGGACCCCAAGUGCCAGUUUGAGAAGCAGUUCACUGGUUUGGGGGCCUUGGACGCCAGGGAACAGAAGGAGAAGAAUACCGUGUUGGAUGAUCCGAAACACGACAAGUAUGCGCAGGAUAGGGUGUGGUGCAUCCAAACCUUGGAAGCUGAGAUCAAAAAAAUUGACGAGCAGUUUGACCUUUGUCAACAUGUAUGGGCUCAGGGCGAGAUGGAUUCUUUCCGAUCUGAGAAGUGCAGCAAGGCCCUGGCGGUGGAACUGAAAGUCAGGACCGCCAAGAAGUUCUACAGCAAGAAGGGCCAUGGGGGGACUGUCUACGACGCUGAAUUUGACAAGAUCUACCAUCUCUUGGUCUCGGGUUGA